UCUCCUAAGAUGAUGGACUGCCUAGUGGGGCAGAGUUGCACCAUUUCAUACCAGGGCUGUGUCUCUCAGGUCUUCUUUUACCACACUCUGGGUGGCACUGAAUGCUUCCUGUAUACAGUUAUGGCCUAUGACCGCUUUGUGGCUAUUUGCCACCCUAUGAGAUACACAGUCAUCAUGAACCACAGGGUGUGUACCUACCUCACAGUUGGCACUUGGUUGGGGGGCUUUGUACAUGGAAGUAUCCUCACAUUUCUUAUCUUUAAAUUACCCUACUGUGGGCCCAAUGAGGUGGACAGUUUCUUCUGUGACAUUCCUGUGGUGCUGUCCCUGGCAUGUGCAGACACAUCUCUAGCACAGACUGUGAGUUUUACCAACGUUGGCAUUGUUGCACUCACGUGCUUUCUCCUCAUUAUCACUUCUUACACUCGUAUUGUCAUCGCCAUCUUGAAAAUCCGUUCCUCAGAAGGCAGGCGCCGAGCCUUCUCCACCUGCAGUGCCCACCUGACAUCCAUCACCUUGGUCUAUGGUCCUGUGAUUCUUGUUUAUCUCAGACCUGCUUCUAGUCCCUGGCUGGAUUCUGUUAUCCAGGUCUUUAACAACGUUAUCACUCCCUCCUUGAAUCCUCUGAUUUAUACUUUGAGAAACAAAGAUGUGAAAUUAGCCUUGAAGAAAGUGCUGGCUGCUGUGGCACAGCCUUCAGGGUGUAAGGAAUAG